GCGAGAGCAGAGAGAAAAGUUGGUUACAGACUAACAGGUGGAGAGGAAGGGGGGGAUAUAAUAUAAGUUGCAAUCUCUGAGCCGUACCUCCAACCAAAGUAGUAUCGUCGAUUUGGCUCCCCAAAAUGGGAAUUGCUUCCUGUUCGCCAGAAAGGAAAUAACAAAGGGAAGAGUGUGAACGACACAACGAAACGACGUAGUUGUUAGAAACAAAACCUCAAACCUCAGGGGAUGAUGCAUUCUCUUCCAUCCCAUGCCUUUCCUCCGAUUGAUUUAGAUUGAAAGCUAAAUCAGUCAAAAAAAUUUAUGAUGCUUUGUGGUUCAUUCUGUUUUAAUUUGAGAGAUCGAAUACAGCCAUGGUUACGCGACUACGCUAGGCUUCAGUCAUUCGCUGUUAUCCUCAUUUACAUUCAGAUUGCGUGCGCGUUAAUUGGAUCGCUGGGAGCAUCGUACAAUGGUGUGUCGCUCAUAAAUCUCGCAAUCGCUUUGUUCGCUUUGGUCGCAAUUGAGAGUAGCAGUCAGAGCCUUGGUCGUACCUAUGCCUUUCUUCUAUUCUGUGCUAUAUUGCUCGAUAUUUCUUGGUUCGUUCUCUUCAGUAACGAAAUUUGGAACAUUUCUACCAAGGAUUAUACUACAUUUUUCAUAUUUUCAGUGAAACUUACUCUGGCUAUGCAAAUUGCUGGUUUUAUAGUGAGGCUAUCAUCCUCGUUAUUAUGGAUUCAAAUUUAUAGGUUGGGUGCUUCCUAUGUGGACACAGCUUCUCGAGCAGCAGAUUUUGACUUGAGGAGUAGUUUUUUGAGUCCUGUGACACCUGCAGUGGUUAGGCAAUGCUCUGACUCUAAUGAGAUACUCGGAGGCUCUAUCUAUGAUCCAACAUACUACUCAUCCCUAUUUGAAGAUGGUCAAGAAAACAGAUAUUCACAUGGGAUGCACAAUCAUGACGUUACCCAGAAUGAGUCAGCCUCUCCUGCUGAGGUUUCUCAGAAGUCAUCCACAGGCAUAUCUUUCCAGGUUGUGGAUGAAGAGAACGGAUCAAUCAAGAAGGAUCUUGUUUGAGAUAGAGCCCGAAAAGCAGUGUUCUCACUCCUAUAUUGGUAUAAGUUUCUAUUUCAUUAUUCGGCAAACUGUAUGGGAGUGGGUCUUGAGCCAUGUGCCUUUGUUGACAACUUUCUCAUUGUAAAUUUUGGUUGGAAGGAGAGGCGCAUACGGUUACACGUUAUGACAAGAAUCACCUUGAAGCAGCAGUUGAAUGACAAAAAUUGAGCUGAGGAAGCCAUUCUGGUUGUGUCAAAGAUUUGGGUUUCAGGUAAUUGACAUAUCUGCAAAUGGGCUAGCAGUUUGGCACACUGCAUUCUAGCUUUGCAUGCUGCGUAUAGGUGGAAAAGAUGCCUGGAAUGUAAUAUCUUUUUUUCCGGGGUUCUUUUUUGUUUGUCCUUUUGCAGUGAUUGAUUAGGCUGCCAGUUAGUGAAUAUAUAGGGAAUACAAGCAAAAUAUAUAAUUUUUUUUUUCAUUUUAUUCUUUUUGAAACUAGACCAUGAAGAUAUAUACGUUAUUAAAGAUGCUUUGAAACCACUUAGUGUUCAUAUUGUAAUUGAAUUGCACAGCAGGUGAGCGACAGUC